CAAUUUUUAUCUGUCCGUGUCAGCACUUGUAAACAACAUGGCGAUCUGGAGGCCCUAAAUUAAGAUUUUCAUCGUGAAAAAGAAAUAUAAAAUGGAAGACCCACAAAGUUCUACAAAUGAUUUUGACCUGUUGAGAGACAUGGAUGAACAAGAUGUGGUCUCUCAGGAGAGUGUGAACGCUGACGAAGAGGAAUCUCCAAGUUCUAAUGAACAACUGUACACAGGAGGCCUGUAUCCUUAUAAGCGUAGGGUACAUGGUCAUCGGCCCAAGCCUGAGGACACCUCCAACAAUUACAGAAACGUGACCGCCGACUGGAAGAUGUCGCUCUCCAGGUCUCCGCUACAAAAUGAUGACAUCAACAAGUACAGGCUGGAGAACAAUCAACUCCGUCUACAGGUCAAACAACUCAACCUUGACCUUCAGUCUGAACAAGAAUCUCUGUCUCAAGUACGUCGCAGGUUAAAUGGGGUUGAAAAGGAAAGACUAGAGGCAGCCACCAGAUCAAAUGCUGAGAUUUCUGAGCUGGAGAGUCAGCUGGCCAAGCUUCGUUCCCAGCUUGAGAAAGGGGAGGCCACUCGACAGAACUUGGAGUUUGAGCUCACAAAAUGUCAGCGAGAAAUGAACCAUCAGAGGAGUGCAGUGUAUGAUAAGGAAUCGGAGCUGAGUGAAGUCAAAGAUCAUCUGCAAGCCAAAGUCAAUGAGCUGACAAGGGACUUGCAAGACGCUCAGCAUCAGCUGUCUGUAGAAAAACAGGGAUCCAAAGAAUCAGAGACACGACUCAAGCAGAGUAUUGAAGAGAGAAACCACUCGGUGUCUAAAUGUCACACAGAGAUGGACAUACUGAGGGCAGAGAGAGACAAGCUGGAUUCACUGGUGAUGCAACAUGAGAGUGCCAUAUCAGAGUUCACUGAGAAGAUUCAGGAUCUAGAAAGUGAAAGAAAGAAUCAAACAGAAAAUUUAAGAAGGUUACUAACAGAAAUUGAGUAUGCCAAGGAAAGAGAAGACAGACUAAAAAAAGAUUUAGAGAUCUCACUACAGAGGCUUCGCACUGUAGAGGAAAAUAUUGAGGCAGAGAGAGCAGCUCAUUUAGAAACCAAAUUCAACUCAGAAAUCAUACAGUUAAGAGUAAGGGACCUGGAGGGAGCCCUUGAGGUGGAGAAGUCGGCCAAUGAUGAGGCCAAUAAAGCUAUAGACAGGCUGACCAGACAGAUCCGAGAACUGGAGCAGUCGUACGAGGAGGAGCGCAGGAACAACAAGGAUGUGAACAUCAAGUUGGACAAGGUGGAAAAGGAGUACAGCUCUGUCAAACGACAGCUGACGUCAGAGGUGGAGAACAAGAAAAAUGUCAUAGGAAACCUGUCGAAGGAGCUAGAGGUCCAUCAGAAAAACUUCAACGAACUGAAGGACGAGCUGUCCAAGGCCAAAAAGCGACAGAUCUAUCUAGAGGAGACAUAUGGAGGGAGUAUGAGAGAACUAGAGCUCUUAUUGAGUAACUUCCAAGUAGACGAGAAACCCAAAAGGGCCUCCACCUCAAAGAGUAAGAAGGAUGGUAAGAGUGUUCCAGCUCCCUCCUCUGUUCUGGAAACUUUGCGUGUGACCUUGUCUGAGUACAAAAAACGGCUAGAUGACACAACAGAGGAACUUGGCAAAAUGAAGAAAUCCAGUGAUGCUCUGAACAAAGAGAUAGACCAGUGUAAGGAGAUGAUUUGGGCCAAGGACAAAGCUCUAGAGGAUGCCCAGAAGAACUACACCAGGACCGCCAAAGAGUUGAACCGUGUCAGAUCGGAGUAUUCCGAGAUGGAGAAUGGCAUGGCAAAGAUGAGGAUAACCCUGCAGAGUUCUAGCAGUAACUCCACCAAAGACAGACGACGUGUCCAGGAGCUCUCAGAGGAGAUCAUGAAGUUGGUUAAAAGGCAUAAAGCUGAUGAUGAGGAGAAGCUGGCAUUCCUGCACGGCAUGUACCAGCGUCUGUUGGCGGGCCGGGUGAUGGUACCCCCCAAAGACACCUCCAUCCAUAAGUUUACCUGGGCGGACCUCACCAGUCUGGUGUAUGAACAGAUGUGUAACCUAGUGACCUCAUCACAGAGGACUGAUGAAAAGAUAAGACAUCUUGAGGAGGCUCUGAGGGUGAAGGAAGAUGCUCUAGAAGACAUGCAAAAAGCUCAUGAGGACCAGCUGAACAAGCUCACUGCUUUGACCAAAGAACGAGAAAUUGCCUGGAACAAACAGAAAGAGGAGAUUGAGGCUCACUACUCACAACUACUGGCCGAGGUUCAGUCAAGAUCAAAGAAAAGUCAGUCAAUGGCUGACCAGGCCUGGGAAAAGAUUAGAAUGACAGGAUCAGUCCAGCAAGGUCUGGAGACUGAGUGUUCUGAUCUAAGGACCCACCUAGUGGAGUCCCAGCGACAGAACCGUGCCUUACUGGCCACAUGCAGCCUCCUGGCUGGCGCCCUUUACCCCACCUUCACACGCUCCUCUCUGCUGGCCAUUCAGCGAAACAUGCUGGAGGAACAGAUGUCAAACUGGGAGUUCUGUAGAGAGAGAAUGGAGCUCCUGGUCAGCACUCUAAGUGCAGAAAUGAAGGCGGCGGCUGGAGAACCAAGUAAACUGGAGAAACCGGCCAAACGCCAUCCCCUGCUGACCUUCAGGGUUGGGGUGGUUGCUGUUCUAGCAGCCAACAGGCUCAGGUACUUUGGACAGAACUGUAGCAGGAUGUUUGUGACUUAUGAUACAGUGAUUUCAAAUCAAAAUGGAAUUGUUGUGUGCACAGGAGGAAGAAAGUCAACACCUAAAGCAUUCCCAGGUGAUAAAGAAGAAAGAGACACUGCGGAGAUGCAUGGCUCCAUCUUGCGAUGGUUGUCCAGUGGUGAGCUUCUCAAUGUAGUGACCACAUCCAUGUCUGAACUCUUGGAGGUCACUGACCAGGUCAAAGGCAAAGAGAAAGCUUCACCAGUCGAGAUGAGGGCUGUUGUUAAUGCUGCUCGGAAUUCCUUCACUAAGCUAGUGGACAAACUGUGUCGACAGUUUGAGGGAGUUUCCCCUCACCCAGGCAUAGGGGGCAGGGACCGUAACUCUCUGGUCAGGGUCAUCGGACGUGGCCUCAGUAAGAUUUGUGUGGGUAAAUCCGUGGAUCAGAAAGGGCAGAUUGUGCCAGCUCAGGAGUUGUUGGGGGCCCUACAGACCCACAUUCUGGACUUCACUCAGCGACUACACACUGUGGAGGUGGAGAGACGUCAGCUUGUUCUGGAACUGAACCGGAUGAAGGACGAGUGCUCUGACCUCCCUCAGAAAGAAGACAUUGAGAAACUCCAGGACCAACUCAGCACCAUCAAGGGACAGGACCUGGACUAUGUGUCCAUUGACAAGUUUGAGAGCGUGUGUCAGGAGCUGAACAAUGCCCUACAGCGGGAGCAGCAGGCCCAGCAGCUGUUGGUGGAGCAGAGUCGUCAGCUGGAGGAGAUCACGCUCAGACUGGACCUGUACACCACCGAGGGCAUGGAGAAGGAACAGACCCUGUCAGAGGCAGUGCAUGGACUGACAGAGACAAAGGGGGAACUGAAGAGGAAGGAGCAGACCCUGCGGCAGUUGAAUCGACAGGUGAUAUCUCUGGAGGGGGAGAAGAAAGCCUUCCUCACCAACAUAGCCGAUGCCGAGAAGGCCCUCAGGACGGUAGCCAGAGACAAAGAGACUUUGGCUCAGUAUCUCAAAGCAGUGACAAUAGCACUGGAGCAGGCCAAGAAGGAGUUGACUCUGGCUAAAGGGGUAACUGAUUUCUCCUGGACUAAGCGGUUACUGAAUGCUGAUUUUAUCCCCAGUGAUGUUGGGAAAGCUGGACCCGAGCUUAUUGCUGCUCAGAAUUUAGUAGGAGCUUUUGUGGAGACCCAGAACCAGGCCAUUAGUAAGAUCAAAUCUCUGGAGGACGAGAUUGAUACUCACCAACAACACAUCAACACGCUCAAGCGAGAAUUGAGCGAUGCCGUGCGACGGGAGUAUGACGAGAGUGCUGAGAUCCCUACAAGAGAUCAUAACAAAGAAAUGGACAUGACUCAAUCUGAGAGUUUCUUGCCAAUUAGAGAGGACUCAGAAAUCUCUUUUUCUAUGCCAAAGGCAGCCACACCAAAAUCCAAGAGAAUGGAUUCUUCUUUGAGGAGAUCAGAAAGUCCUGAAGACUUGGUUCGAUUGCCUGCACUUUGUGAUCUUCAGUAGUCUCCCAAGUUCCAGACUCCAGUCAGAUCCAGUCGAUCUAACAACAUCCGACCUAAAGCAUUCGAGCCUCACGGGAGGUAGCCAACCAAGGAAGAUAACUCUACAGGGUGAACAUUCCACAUCGUCUACUGUGAUAUGUACUUGUAUCUACACAAACCAGAUUUAUACUCACUCAUCUGAUCGGGCCAGGCGAUUCCAAUCAAACCAUUCCACAAUCCACAGUCAUUCUUAGAGCAUUUAUUGAUAGUUUGUUGAUGAGAUGGGAGUGAUGGUGAUGUGUAACCUGUUGGUUUACCUGUGGUGCUAUUGUUCCAGUGUUUGAGACGUUAUACAUGAUAUUAAAAAAAUAUGUGUGUCCAGUUGACUGAGUAUAUGUAUGUAUAAGUCAGUGUAUGGAAAGUUUGUUGAUUGAAUUGUAGUAUUUUGCCUUAAAUUGUAUAUUUGGAAUAGAAUUAACUAAUGUACAUCUGCGAAAGGGUCUGUAAACUGCAUUACUUCACGUGACCACCGAAACAUAGAAAAACACACAUAUGUACAAUUACACAGUGUAUCUAAAUAGGAUAUAUUUUUAGAUAAAGUCAAUGCAUUAACUAGGCGAUGACAUCUCUUACUGAUUUAUUUAUUGAUUGAUUUUUUAAUUAUUCAUUUGAUAUUGAUGGAGAUAGCAUUUUGUGUAUCUUUCUUAUCCGUCCUAAUUUAUUUUUAUUUCAUUUAAGUAUGAGUUUUAAUAAAGUACUUGAUUUACUA